GGUGUCUUGGAGGACUUUUGAGGUCUAUAAAGACUUGCUGCUGUGGUGACUGCCGCACUGAUGCGGACGACGACGAUGAUGAUGAUGGACUUCAUGGAGGACAAGUUCGGGCUGAAGAGUCAGGCCAUGAAGGCCGUAGACUACUUCAUGGAGCCGGUCAUAGAGAGUUUGGACAGCGGGGUCUACUUCGCCAAGUCUCCCCCAAAAUGUGCACAGGCCUUCGGACUGACGAGUGGCGAGCACCGCGCCUCGCCGCGCGGAGACUUGCACGGCACCUACGGCGCGGCCAAAACGGAGGACGAGGGCGGCGCGGCGCCGUCCUGCUGCGCAGUGGAGGACACGGCGGACAGGAGCGACAACAAGGUGACGAGCAGCAAGAAGCGUCGUCACAGGACCACCUUCUCCACCUCGCAGCUGGACGAGCUCGAGAAGGUGUUCCAGAAGACUCACUACCCGGAUGUCUACGUGCGAGAGCAGCUGGCCACCAGGACGGAGCUGACCGAGGCCAGGGUGCAGGUGUGGUUCCAGAACAGAAGAGCCAAGUGGAGGAAAAGAGAACGUUACGGACAAAUCCAACAAGCCAAAAGUCACUUUGCAGCCACCUAUGAUCUGUCAGUGUUGCCUCGCACCGACAGCUACUCACAGAUCCCAAACAACCUGUGGUCCAGUCCACCUCCCACCGGUUCCGUGGUCUCGCCCUGCAUGCUACCCCGAGGCUCCCCCCCCUGCGUGGCCUCCUACUCGCCCCGCUCAGCCUCCGGCGCCGCCGACCACAGUUACUUCCCCAACCAGCAGAGCCAAUUCGGCCAUGUCUCCCUCAACAACUUCUUCGGCGCAGACCCGCUUCUCACGCCGCCCUCAAACGGCCACCACGCCUUCGAGACCAAGCCCGAGUUGGAGAGGCGCUCGUCCAGCAUCGCCGUGCUGCGCAUGAAGGCCAAGGAGCACGCCGCCAACAUCUCCUGGGCCAUGUAAGCCUGGCUUCUAGAACUUUGGUGUGACUCCACUUAAUAACGCUGCUCGUCUUUGGAGGGGGAACCGCCCACUGCUCCUGUCAAUCAAAAUAAGACCAUCUGUGGCAUCAGGAGCAAAAUGUUCUGAUCCAGGACGAUGUUGGAGCGGAGAUGAAGCUGUGGACUCUGUAGGCUCCAGUUAGUGGACAAGCCUGGAAGAAGUUCCACUGUCCUUCCAUGUGGAUCCACGAUGAUGGAUCAGAACCACUGCAGUGUUUCUAAACACCGUGACUCGUCUUCCUCUUGGACACCAGUGACUUACUCACGUCUUUCUGUGCUUUGCAACCAAGUUCUGUCCUGGCAGGUCCACCAGUUCUGUGUCAGCACGAAGGACGAUGUGUGAUGUUCAUGUUUCUGCCAAAGCCAAAUAAAUCACU